AAUCUACGGGAAGCAAUGAACGCUCAGAAGAAUGCAGAGAGAGCAGCCAUGAGAGCUCACUUCAGGAGAAAAUAUCAGCUGUCUGAGAGCCCCAAGGACACAAACCACCUGAAAUCUGUUGGAGGAAAAGUGUCGCUCCCCCGCAAGCUGUCAAAGAUCAUUCAUCCUGAAACCAAAACUAAGGACGACGGCUUUAACCUGCUGAGCGCCUUUCAAGGCCUCAGCUUUGGCACCGGGGAGCAUAAAGGAAGGAAACACAGCAAGACGAGCAUGUACAUCCGAGUGACUGUGUGUGUCAGAACACAGGCCACCUGCGGGUCCACACAUCUGCUUUGUGGUGUCGCACAGCAAAGAGCUUUUUGUAUGAUGGCAGCAGGGACGCUGGCACAGGGGAAGUCGGAGGGGAGAAAAGGAGCUGAGGGUACAGGAGUUAGAAAGAGAGGUGUGGAUGGUCGGGUGCGAAGCUUUGAGGAGAUCCCUCACACAGGGAGGAGCGGCUGGAUCAACUUGGUGAAGUUCUGGAGAGAAGAUCGUUUCCGGCAGCUCCACAAGCACACGGAGAGGACCUUCGACGCCCUCGGCCCCAUCUACAGGGAGCACGUGGGCACCCAAAGCAGCGUGAACAUCAUGUUGCCGCUGGACAUCGCUGAGCUGUUUCGCUCAGAGGGCCUGCACCCCCGACGAAUGACCCUGCAGCCCUGGGCCACCCACAGAGAGACCCGCCAGCUCAGCAAGGGAGUCUUCCUCAAGAACGGUGAGGAGUGGCGAGCUGACCGUCUGCUGCUCAACAAGGAGGUGAUGAUGAGUGCGCCCGUGAGGCGUUUCCUCCCCCUGCUUGACGUGGUUGCGAAGGAUUUCUGCCAAAUGUUGCAGGCGAGGGUUGAGAGGGAAGGGAAGGGCGAGGAGGGGAAGCGCAGUCUGACCAUGGAUCCCAGUCCUGACCUCUUCCGCUUUGCACUAGAAGCUAGUUGCCAUGUGAUCUACGGGGAGCGAAUUGGCCUCUUCUCCUCAUCGCCCUCCCUGGAGUCCCAGAAGUUCAUCUGGGCCGUGGAGCGAAUGCUGGCCACGACCCCUCCUCUCCUCUACCUGCCCCCUCGCCUGAUGCUCCUCGUCGGCGCUCCCCUGUGGACGCAGCACGCCAGUGCAUGGGACCACAUCUUCAGCCACGCGGAGGCGAGGAUCCAGAAGGGGUACCAGCGCCUGUCUUCCUCGCAGGCUCGGGGCUCCGAGGCUGCAGCUGGAGGCCAGUACACCGGGGUUCUGGGCCAACUGAUGGAGAAAGGCCAGCUAUCUUUAGACCUUAUCAAAGCCAACAUCACUGAGCUGAUGGCUGGAGGCGUCGACACGACAGCGGUGCCCCUGCAGUUUGCUCUUUUUGAGCUGGGCCGUAACCCGGAGGUGCAGGAGAGGGUGAGGAAGCAGGUGAGGACGUCAUGGCCACAAGCUGGUGGUGAUCCUCAGAGAGCCCUGCAGGGGGCGCCACUGCUAAAAGGCACAAUCAAGGAGGUUCUAAGGUUAUAUCCGGUGGGAACCACAGUGCAGCGGUAUCCAAUCAAAGAUAUUGUUCUUCAGAAUUACCACAUUCCUGCCGGGACGAUGGUCCAGGCCUGUCUUUACCCUCUGGGAAGGAGUGCAGAGGUGUUUCAGGAGCCACACCGCUUCGAUCCCGGCCGGUGGGGCAGCAGCAGAGAGGACGGCCAAAAAGGAGAAGGGGCAGGAGGGUUUCGCUCCCUGGCGUUUGGGUUCGGGGCGAGGCAGUGUGUCGGGAGGAGGAUUGCUGAGAACGAGAUGCAGCUCUUGCUCAUGCAUAUCCUGCUGAACUUCCAUCUCAGCGUGUCGUCCUCAGAGGACCUCAAAACCACAUGCACCCUCAUCCUCCAGCCCGAGACGCCACCAAGAAUCACUUUCAGAAAACUCUGA